AUGCUAAUAUAUAGUGAUCUCAAGUCUUCUUCAGGUUUGACAAUUUAAAGCUUAAAAAGUAAAGCUGUUUUUAAUAACAAUACAUUUGCUAAUACUUCUUCAAAUAGUGUAAUCGGUGCUCUAUCCUUAGAUGUUAGCUCUUUGACUUUUACGAACUGCACUUUUGACAACAAUAUUUAUUAUGGCAUGGAAUUAUCAAAUAACGAAAUAUUUAGCUUAAAUAUCGGUGGUUUUAUAGCAGCAAAAGUAGAUACAAUUUCUCUAACAGAUACUCAUUUUAAGAAAACAUUUUCAAGUUAAGGAGCAAUUUAGAUUAAAUCCAAUCAAAAUAAACUUGAAGUUAGUAUAUUAAAGUGUACCUUCAAAGAAAUAUUUGCAUUUUCAUCUUCUGGGAGCGUUCUUAAUGUUGAUUCUUCAUAAUCAAUCUUGCAAAUGGUUAUACAAGAGAGUACUUUCGAGAAUAUAGUUUAAAUAACUAACUAAUAUACUUACUAAAAGCUAAAAGCUGUGAUAUAUAUUGAAAAAGACUAUUCAUUUUAAAAUGAUUUAAAUUUUGUAUAAUUUGAUUAAGUUGAUAUCACAAAUGUGAUCACCUAAUUUAUAGAACAAAAAUAGAAUUAUUUUUUUAAUUCAUUUUAAUCUUCAUUCAAUUCGUUCUUCUUUAUUGGGUCAAUUAUUAAUGUGCAAGCUUAGUAAUUUAACAUCAAAUCUGAUAGAAAAUAUAAAGAAUUAAUUGAAUUUUUAUAAUAUAUUGAACAAUUCUAACAUUAAAAACUUUAAUUUAAUGAUAAAGAUAAAUUAAAAGAAUAAAUUAUGCAUUCACCUAUAUUUUAUCUUGAAGAAGGCGAAAUUAGUUUGCAAAAUAUUACCUAUUAUGGAAAUAGAGAAGAAGUAACUAACAUAACCAAUAAGUUUUCUCAAAAUAAUAUCCAUGAAAAUCUAUUUAAGUACAAAAAAACUCUUAUUGUUGCAACCUAAUCUACAGUUAGAAUUAGCAAUCUUAGUGCAAUAAACCUAUUAGUUACAAAAUUUAUAGAUGUUAAAGACAGUGAAAAAGUAGAAUUAAAAUAAUUAUUUUUUGAAAGAGUAGAAUAACUAUUAAUAAAAGAUUUAUUAACAUCUAAUUUAGAAAAAAUCGGCCAAUCUGCAAUCAUAAACCUCAAAAAAAUUCAAAACAUAAGCAUUGAAAAUCUUGAAAUCUAUUGUGACUAAAAUUAACUAAGUUAAUAAUCAUAGUAAAAUUAAAUUAAUAAUGAAUAAUAAUAAUUACACUGUUUAGGCUAAGUAAUUUUUAUACAAGAAUCUUAAUUUGACAUCAAAAAUAGUAUUAUACACAAUUACGUUUCUCCUAUUCAUAAUGGCACAGCAAUUUCUAUACUAAAUCCAAAUAAUUCAUGCACAAUUAAAAACAAUAGAUUUUAUUAUUUAAAAACUAGUGGCUAUGGUGGAGCAAUAUAUAUACAAAUGACUAAUUAAGGUUUUGAUUUCAAGGACUAUUUUUAUAAUUACAUUUAAGACAGUAAACAAAUACUUAACAUUAAUCUUGAAGGUAACACAUUUUAAUUUAACUAAGCUGAAAAAGGAGGUUGCAUUUUUUUUGAGAAUUUAUUAGAUAUCACUGACAGAAUCAAAUUUUAAAUAAGCUAAAAUAAAUUUUAUAAUAAUACUUCUAGAUUAGGAUCUUCUUUAUAUUAUUAAAACAUUGUCCCUUAUAUAGAAACCAAUAACAAAUUCAAAUAUAAUUCAGAUGAUAUUUCAAAAUCAACAAUAUUUUCUACUCCUCAUUUGAUUAAAUUAGUUUAAACAGAUGAAAUUAAAUAAAUUUUAAAUUUUAAUUCUUCACUACACUGGAAUGAUAAGAAUUCAGAGUAUAUUGCUGACAUUAUAAUAGCUAGUGGUUAGAAACUACCUGCAUUAAAAUUUUAGUUUUAUUUUAUACAUGAUUUUUCAUAAGAAAUAAAUUUGGUUCACUUAGAUUUAAUUUAGACAGAUAUACCUAUUUAAGAAUAUAUUAAUAUUGAAUUAAGCUAUGAUCCUAGCCAACAAAACAGCAAUUUAGCAAACCCUUUGUCUCCUUUUAUGUUUUUUUUAAGAAACAAGGAUGAAAUUAAGUAUGAAAAAGAAGGUAAUUAUAUAGAGUUUUCUAAUUUACAAUUACUUGGAGUUUUCAACUAAAGUAUAACUUUGUAAGUUUCCUCACCAUUAAUUAUGCAUGAAAAUAAGCGUCUCAACUAAAUAGAAAAAAAUAUUAAAUUUAAAAUAAACGUAUUCUUUAGACAAUGCAAUAAAUAUGAAAUAACAACUAAAACAGACUUUUUGCCUUCAGAAAUGUCUAACUAAAUUAUGUAAUGCUAUAAAUGCUUGGACAAUACAUUUGCUAGAGACGGAAGUGUAUGUUCUGAGUGCCCUCAAGGAGCUGUUUGUAAAUAGGAACAUGAAAUAUAAAUCUCACCAGGAUAUUGGAGAAAAUCAUUAUCUUCAUAUGAAAUAAUUCAGUGUUUUAACGAAUUAGGAAACUGUAGAGGUGGAAAUAGUUUUGGAAAUUAACUAUGCUAGGAAGGGUAUGUAGGAGCGUUAUGUGAAGAAUGUGAUUUAUUUGCCGAAGUUUGGCCUCAUAGUUAUACACGUUAAGGAAAUUUUAAAUGUGUAAGAUGCAACAAGUAAGGAUUUAGCUAUUUUUUGAUAAUAUUAUCUCACAUACUUACUUUAAUAGUCGCUAUUUCAUCGAUUGUUUCUAAUUCUGAGUCAAUCAAAAUUAAGACAAUCAAAGCAAUAUAUAAAUAACAGAGAAAAUCAAACAAACCUAAUAGAAGUGCUAAUAAUUUAGAUUAAUAUAAUAAAUAAGACAUAAAGUAGAUUUAAUCAGGUGCAAAUUUAAAAAUAUUAGCAUCAUACUUUUCAUUGAUGAGCUGUAUGAGUAACUUUAAAUUUUCUUUACCUCGUAUUAUACCUGAAGUUUCUGGAGUAGUAGGGAGUCCUAUUGCUAUAUCAAUGAAUGCUAUAGAUUGUCUAUUAGUAAAAAUGCCAAUCACAAACAAAUUUCCUUAUAUAUACUUUUCUUUUAUCCUAAAACUUAUCUUUCCCUUCAUCGUAUUCACAGCAAUAAUUACUUUACUUUUCAUCUGGAAUUGUGUACACAAAUAUAAAUUUUAGACUCAUUAUUUUUAUACAACUUUUUUAUUUUUGUACAUUUUUUUGCAGGGAGAUUUAGUUUACGAAGCAAUAAAUUUAAUAGCCUGUAGAAAUAUAGCAGGUGAAAAAUACUUGCUUGCAAAUGUAAAUUAUUAAUGCAAUUCUGACAAUCAUAGAUUUGAAUUUGGAUUAGUAUAUCCUUCAUUUAUCAUACUAUCACUACUAUUUCCUAUCUGCUUAUUGAUAAACUUAAUAAGAAAUAAAUAGUAAUUGAGAAAAAUACGUUACCAACUAAGAUGGGGAAUACUAUAUCAUGAAUAUAAAGAUGAUUGCUUUUAUUGGGAAUUUAUAAAAAUAAGUGAAAAGUUAUUUAUCAUUAUUAGCAUCUCUUUAUUUAAUUAAGCUUAAAAUAUUUAACUUGGAGUUCUCAUCAUCAUUUUAAUUUUAUAUAUGCUUUAUCUGUAUAAGAUGAAACCAUUUAUGCUUAAAAAAGAUAACAGUAUGGAGUUUUUAUCAUCUUUUACAAUACUCCUUACAAUUAUUUUAAUUUCUAUAUCUAUUCAAAAAUAGAUAUAAAAUUACUAGUAUUUUAUCACGAUUUCAUUUAUUAUUGCUAUCAAUGCUCUGUUUGUCCUUUUUAUUAGCACUAAAAUUUAUGUAGAGCAAUAUGAACUAUUCAAACAAAAAAAACCAAUGAUUCUUAUAAAAUGUCCUUAAAUUGCUAAAUUUUUAAAUUAUCUAAGUGAAAAAUUGCAAAACGGAUGGAGAGGUGAGUAGUCAGCUAAUAAUUCAUAAAAAAAUUUAAGCUUAAAUGCAAAUAAACCUGAGAAAGAAAACUUUUAAGAAAAUAAACAAAAAAAAGUGUUAGUUGUUUAAGAUAGCUCAAUCAAUUAAUAUAAUUACCCCUAUAAAAAUAAAACCUAAUAAGACUCAAAUAAUAUUUCAGAAAAUAUUAAUAAUUAAUUUAAUAGCUUAUCUUAAGAUAAAUCAAAGAUAGGAUUCUUCAAUAGGGAUGAAUGUAUUGAAGAAUUCAAUAGUUUUGGAAAGUCCUCUUACAAAAAUAAAAAAGAAAAUAAAAUUGUUUCAGCCAGUUCUAUAGAUUCUUGCAACUUAGAAAUGGUGGAUGUAAAUGAAAAAAAAUUAAACAAAGCUGUUCCUGUUUCAUAAUUUUUGGCAAGAAACUAAAAUGUUUAAUCUAGCUAAAACAACAUUAUUUCUUCAUAUUAAAAAAAGAAUUUUUCUUUAUCACUUAAUUCAUAAUAUUAACAAAGUUUAUAAAGUACCUUAGAAAAUAUGAAGCAAAGAUAUUUCAAACGAAAAUAAAAAAGUGGAGUAAAUUUUAACCAAGAAAUGGCCAAAAUAAAAAAGGUAUCUACUAUAAAUAAUAUCAUUCAAAACACUUCCAAUCUUCAAACAUCAUAAAUAUCAAGCAAUUUGUCAGUUUUUACUAGCAACUAAGAUAUUUCUUCAAUGUAAGAAUGA